UCCAUAAUCGUUCACGUCAUAGUCCGAGGGAAACGAGGCUGGAACAGGAUAAUAGCCCUUAAAUCCCCUCCUCUAAGCGCUCGGAUCUUUGCUGUCAGCAAGAUUAAAACAGUCAACAGCAGUCCUCAUGUGUCUAUAUCCCACACAGAGCUUUCACAACAACUGGAGUAGGGGCUGGCAGGGAGGAAUAUGCGGAACCACUGCUGUGUGUGAUACUACCGAGAUAAAGAGAGAAGAAAACUGGGCUGUCAGCUUUUGCAGUGUUGGAAAGGACUGGUGUUAACUGCUUGAUCAGGUGAAUGCAAAGAGGAGAGAAGAGCAAGGAAUAAUAUCAUGUUGCAAUUCAACAGGCAGCAAGAGUUUCAUUUGCUGAAGCACAAAGGCAGAGAGAUGGAAGCCCCAAAUGUUCUCCCGCAGCCCAGCGAGGGGAAGGAUGAAGAAGUCACGCACACAAACAAGCAGAGAGGCUCCUCUGCUACUACCCCCUUGAAUGCUCAGCCCCUACAGUCACAGGAACCUGAGGGGAGUUACAACUAUUAUGUGGAUGAUGAAGAUGAGGARGAUGAAGAGAAAGAACAAGGAAAAUGGUCACAAGAAGAUGCAUUUAAUGGAGAAAACAAGGCCUCAUCGUUCAUUCCUUGGUCCCCUGCUCUCUCCUCUAGAGCCCCAGCCACAGCAUCUGCUCCAUCCAUACUGAACAUCAAUGUUGGUGGCCAAAGUUACCGCCUCACCUACCAGGCAGUGGCCGUCUAUCCCAAGACCCGCCUGGGCCGCCUGGCCACCUCCACUGACCGCCGUUGCCAGCUGGGGCUGUGCGAUGACUACGCUGCCCAGGUCGAUGAGUAUUUCUUUGACCGGGACCCGUCUGUGUUCCAGCUGGUGUACAAUUUCUACGCCUCAGGGGUGCUGCGGGUGCGGGACGAGCUGUGCCCCCGUAGCUUCCUGGAGGAGCUGAGCUACUGGGGGGUGCGCCUCAAAUACACACCCCGCUGCUGCCGUAUCUGCUUCGAGGAGCGCCGCGACGAGCUGAGCGAGCAGCUGAAGGUCCAGCGGGAGCUGCGCUCCCAGGCAGAGGCUGAGGAGAAUGAGCAGCUCUUCCACCACAUGCGCUACUACGGUCCCCAGCGCUGGCGCCUCUGGAACCUCAUGGAGAAACCCUUCUCCUCUGUCACUGCCAAAGUGAUGGCAGUGGCCUCCAGCUUCUUCGUGCUCAUCUCCGUGGUGGCCCUGGCGCUCAACACGGUGGAGGAGAUGCAGCAGGUGGCGUGGAAGAGUGGGGAUAGCCGGCCUAUCUUGGAGCACGUUGAGACCUUGUGCAUUGCGUUCUUCACGCUGGAGUACCUGCUGCGCUUGGUGUCCACCCCAGACCUGCGCCGCUUUGCCAGCAGUGCCCUCAACGCCGUAGAUCUCAUUGCCAUCCUGCCCCUCUAUCUGCAGCUGCUGCUCGAAUGUUUCACUGAYGACGACCAGCCCCGGGGUCGGGGCUCCCAGCACGAGCACGACAUCGAGAAGGUGGGACGGGUGGGCAAGGUGGGACAAGUGCUGCGCAUCAUGCGCCUCAUGCGCAUCUUCCGCAUCCUCAAGCUGGCCCGCCACUCCACGGGGCUGCGUGCCUUUGGCUUUACCUUGCGCCAGUGCUACCAGCAGGUGGGCUGCCUUCUGCUCUUCAUUGCCAUGGGCAUCUUUGCCUUCUCUGCCAUGGUCUACACAGUGGAGCAUGACGUCUCCAGUACCAACUUCACCAGCAUUCCCCAYGCUUGGUGGUGGGCUGCCGUCAGCAUCUCUACAGUGGGAUAUGGGGAUAUGUGUCCAGAAACUCACCUUGGUCGCCUGUUUGCUUUCCUCUGCAUUGCUUUUGGAAUAAUCCUGAAUGGCAUGCCCAUCUCCAUCCUCUACAACAARUUCUCAGACUAUUACAGCAAGCUGAAGGCCUACGAGUACACGGCUCUCAGGAAAGAGAGAGGGAAGGUCGACUUCAAGCGGAGAGCCAUGAGGAAAAUAUCUGAGUGCUGCGGAGAAGGUGCAGCCCGCCCUCUGUCACAGCAAUGAUAGUUUGUGCUCUGGAUAUUGGGAGGGAACCAAGAAGCMGGAGGAGAAAGAAGAAAAACAGAUCAGUGAAAAGUUAGACUAAAAAGACCAAGAGCAACAAAAGCAGAUGGUGAAAUGUGUUUUGAUGGGGCCUGUUUUCAAAACCAAAAGGGCUCAGAUUACAACAGAUUUUUUUUUAACUCAGAUAGACUGUGAGCAGCACUUGAGUGCUCAACUCUCUGAUAUUACCUUCCUCAGAUUAAACACCCAGAAACACUGAAUUAGUCCCACAUGAAGAUCUAACCCUCUGCUACUGAUUAGAUUGACAAUAAAGACCCACCAUAAUCGCACAAAAGGAAAACAAAUUGCUGUCAUUAAGGGUCAGCCACCUUAUGGCUUUCAAGGCAGUCUCAAAAAUUGAAUAAAUAGAAUACCCAAUAUACUGGCUGCAUCACUUAACUUGUUUUGCAUCAGCUUUCAAAUCCAGGAAAAUGGCCUAGAGCACUUACCUAAAUAGCAGCAGCAGCUAUACUCCUCAAGAUUUCAGCCUCUGUAUCCAUUGCCAGAUAGCUGUGCUUCACUAUUCCAAUUUUAUUUUUCAAAUGCAGCCCUGCAAAUUAUUCCUAUUUUCAUGCCUAGUCAAGCAAUGCACUGCUUUUAGCACCUCUAUAAUCAUCUCUCAAUAUGACAAGAACUAGUGAAGAAUUCUGGAGUCUGAGUUGAUAGAUCUCAUUGAUCAAUUUUGAAAACAUGUCCAAACCCUAUUCUUUUUAGGUAUAGGAUUAAGUGAUAAUUUAUUCUGCAGUAUUUAAUGUAUCUACUGAAUUGUUAGAAUAAUAGACCUGUCAUGAGACAAAACUGUUAAUGCAGUAUUUAAAAAAUAAUCAAAUGAAAUAUGUAAUGGGUAGUAGCUCAUAAAGAUUUUUCACAUGAAGGAACUUACCAGCACUUAACUGUAACCACUUUUAAAUAUAAUUUAAAAUUAAGACAAUUUGUCUGGCACAUACAGCCAUUAGGGACACAAUCCUGACACCUUAGCUCACCCCCAGGAGUACCUAAUCUAAGAUUACUGUGUCUUCUUGCACAGCUGGAUUGGAUGUCUCAUGUGUCUAAACUCAUCCCAAAACUUGAAUAACAAAUAAAACCAACAAUAAUUAAAUGGAAUUGCAAUUUUAUGUAUUGCUUCAGA